UUGUUUGUUGCCGGUAGUUUAUUAUACUGCGAGUGAUCGACGCAAGAUGUACUUGAAUGGAGUGCGAAUUUUUAGCUCGCGAUUAAUAGCGGCUCCACACUUUGUACGGAGUUUCACCGUGAACAGCACAGCGGGCAUAGUAGAAGAAAGAACUGCUCAAGUCAAGUCAUGGAAGGAGAUCCCGGGUCCUUCAUCUUUGCCCUUGCUUGGGUCUCUGCACCACUUCCUGCCCGGUGGCACGUUCUACAACUUAGACGGCACUGACUUCACUCGCAAACUGUACCAGAACUACGGACCCAUCGUGAAACUUGAUGGGAUGGUCGGCGUGAAUAUGUCAAUAUUCCUAUUCGAUGCGGAGAGCGUUUCACAAAUUCUCCGCGGUGAAAACUCGAUGCCAAUUCGUUCCGGAUUCCCUUCACUGGAAUAUUACAGAAAAUACUACAAGACAAGUAAAGAUCCUGAAGAGAAACUAACGGGACUUCUUACAGAACAUCUUCAACCAUGGAAGGAAUUCCGCUCCGCCGUGAACCCCGUGAUGUUACAGCCGAAAACUAUAAAACUGUACACAACUGCAAUAGACCAGGUCGCCCAGGAUAUGAUCGCCAGAAUGAGAUCAUCACGUGACGAAUACAAUAUGCUGCGUGGGAAUUUCGACGUAGAGAUGAAUCUUUGGUCUCUGGAGUCCAUCGCUGUAGUGGCUCUCGGUACACGGCUGAAUUGCUUGGACCCGACACUGAGUGAUGACUCGCCAGCUAAGAGACUAAUCCAGUGCGUCCAUGACUUCUUUUCUAUCGCCGAAGACUUGGACUUCAAACCAAGCAUAUGGAAGUACAUCGCAACACCAAAAUUCAAAAAAGCGAUGAAACUUUACGAAGAACAUGAAAAACUAUCAAUAUAUUUCAUUCAAAAAGCAAUGAAAGAAUUAAAAGCAAACAAAGGAAAGUCGAGCGACGAGAAGGGCGUACUUGAAAAGCUGAUGGAUAUCAAUGAACAGUACGCAUACGUUAUGGCCGGUGAUAUGCUAUUCGCUGGUGUGGAUACGGCCGCUUACACCAUGACAGCCACGCUGUACCUCCUCGCGACGAACCCAGAGAAACAACAGAAACUGAGAGAGGAAGUGCUAUCACAAUCAGAAAAGAGACCUUACUUGAAAGCGUGCAUCAAAGAAGCCAUGAGGUUAAUGCCAGUGGUGCCUGGUAACAUAAGGAAAACUACCAAAGAGUACAACGUACUUGGCUACCACAUACCGAAAAACAUGGAAUUGAUUUUCUCUCAUCAAGAAAUGUCAGUGAUGGAGCAAUACUACCCGAGACCUAAAGAGUACAUCCCAGAACGUUGGGUGGCCGAUAAAGACGACCCUCUGUACCACGGCAAUGCCCAUCCUUUCGCUCAAUCUCCAUUCGGCUUCGGAGUUCGCAUGUGUAUAGGUCGUCGCAUCGCAGAGCUGGAAGUGGAAACGUUCCUUGGGCGGAUCGUGGAGAACUUCAACGUGGAGUGGUUCGGACCUCCUCCGAAAGUAGUUCAAACCGCGCUUAAUUACUUCAAGGGACCUUUUAAUUUUAUUUUCAAAGACGUUUGAGGGGCUCAUUAUUUCAACUCGAUAUUUUAUUUCACUAUUGAUAUAUUUUGUUAAAUUAAAAACAUUAUAUUAUAUGGGAAAAUAUCGAACCUGAGUAACUCAGACCUUACAUUAAACGAGUUAAAAAGUUUUUCGGAUAGAACUUGACAAUUUUGAAUAGCCACAUUGAUAGAUUUUUGUAGUACAUUCUUGAAGUCAUUGUGUCGGUCACUUUUUCUGCAUGACUGAUUUAAUUACCCAACAGUGUCAAAUGGUUAGUUUGGAAAUCUUUUGGCGAGACCUGUGUUGAAUAUUAAUCACGCUGUGAACGAUGAUGAUUAUAAAUUGGUAUUUUAUAUGCCGUCGUAAGGAUGUAUUUUUAUACUUUUAUUUUAUUAUUAAAGUAGCGUGAACUAAUGUGGCCCGUUUCCAUCGAAGCCCGGUUUUCAAAGAUUCUACUUAAUCUUUAGGAAUUAUACGUACGGGUUUAUGCACCUGGGACCAUACAAUUAUUAUUUUGAAUAAAUUUAUUAGUAGCCAUGGCCAAGUU